AUAAUAUUAAUAAACAUGGGCAAUAUGUGUUAUAGAGAUUAUGAUGAAGAGAAAUUAUUGGGAGGAUAGGAAGUUAAGAAACCUGAAUCUGUAUAAGGAUCAAUAAUGAAACCUAAACGUAAAUAUACAUUUUGAUUAUGGAGCUAGUGGAGAUGAUUAGAAAACAGAUCUAGUAAAUUAGAAUUAAACUGAAAUGACUGAUGAUCCUGAAUUAUAGGUGGAAAAGGAUGAAUUUUAUAAACUCUCAAAUGUAUAGAUUAGGUUUUAUAAUUUAAAGGAAAAUACAAAAUAAUUAGAUAUAGCAUCUAAAGCAACAGAGAGUGAAGGAUAAGGUUAACAAACUUAAAAAGUCAACAUAGAUAGUUUUAGAUUAUUGAAAGUCUUAGGAAAAGGAUCUUUUGGAAAAGUAAUGUUGGUGUAAUAUAAAUCAAACUGUAUUGAUAUAUUUAUAAGACAGCAAAAUUUUAUGCAAUGAAAGUUUUACAAAAAAAGAAUAUAAAAAAUGAAAGAUAAAAACGUCACACAGAGACAGAGAGAAUCAUUUUGGCUACAUGUUCUAGUAUCUUUUUAGUAAGAUUGAGAUAUGCAUUUUAAUCAUAAUAUAAAUUGUAUCUUGUUGUAGACUAUAUGCCAGGCGGAGAACUAUUUUAUCAUUUAAGAAAGGUUGGAAGAUUCAAAGAAGAAGUGGCUAGGUUUUAUGCAGCUGAAAUUCUAUUGGGUUUAUAAUAUUUACAUGAAAACCAUAUUAUAUAUAGAGAUCUUAAACCAGAAAAUAUAUUGUUAGAUGAAAAUGGUCAUAUAAAAUUGACUGAUUUUGGUCUAUCCAAAAUUAUGAUGGAAGAAGAUGAAACUGCCUUUAGUUUAUGUGGGACUCCAGAAUAUUUGGCACCUGAGAUACUUACUACAAGUUUAUACAUUCUUAUUAUACUAUCUUAGAAACUGGAUAUGAUAAAACCUGUGAUUGGUGGAGUUUUGGAGCUUUGUUAUAUGAAAUGUUAGUAGGAGCUCCACCUCAUUAUAAAGAAAAUAAAAAAGAAAUGAUUCGUAGGAUAUUAACUUAACCUAUACCAUAUCCUUCAUAUCUAUCUGAAAAUGCUAGGUCACUUUUAGAGUAGAUCUUGGUUGUAGAUGUAACUUACUUCUUUUUACAUUAUCUUAGCCAAAAAAACGUUUGGGAUAUGAAAAUGAUGGAUACGAUAUCAUGAAACAUGAUUUCUUUAUUGGUAUUAAUAUGCCAGAAAUUAUUUAACAUAAAGUAUCUAUCUAAAAUCUAUAAUUAGAUGCAACCACCUUAUAAAUUUGAUAAGAAAGAGUUGAAAUAUUUUGAUGAAGGAAUGACUAAAUAAAUUGCUAAAGACACACCUGUUAAUGGUACCAUAUUGCCUAAUUAAAAUUUUUCAAAUUUCACAUAUCAACCCAGUAUGUAAUAAAGUGCCAAUAUGAAAAAAUGAUGAACAGAAAAUAUGAUAUUUUUUAUCAAACCC